AGUUAGCUAAACAAAGGCGCACACAGCGCUGGGAUUAGCGCGGAGGAUGGCUUAGCGAGACCGCCCGGGGAGUUCGGUCAACUGUAUCAGAGAAAAUGACUGGAAGAAACCAAUAUAAUGGCUUCCAGUCAGCGACGACGAUGCAGCCUGCAGUUGGGGGUCACACUUACAUCUUCGGGAACGGUUCAGAAACGGAGUGCUCGGAGGAGGACGGCGAGAGCUACGAGCUCCGCUCCAGAGGCAGGGAGAGACUCCGGCGCAGUACCUCCAGAGAGCGGAAGGAUGACAUUGUCUACGUGAUGAGGGAUGUGAAGGAGGGAGACACGCUGAUUAGCAUUUCGCUUCAGUAUUUCUGCUCUGUCGCUGAUCUAAAGAGGGCCAACAAUCUCCUAACGGAGCAGGACUUCUUCGCCUUGAGGUCCAUCAAAAUCCCUGUGAAGAAAUUUGGCUUGUUCACGGAAACGCACAGCACGGCUCCCCCCCGCAAAACGAACUCGCCCAGCGGUGUUCGCAGAGUCCCGGAGAUCCCACCGAGUACAGGUUCCGCAGAUUCCUCUCCCUCUUCCUCCUCCUCCACCGAUAGCGUGGAGUGCUUCCUGCAGGAGAAGGACAAGGACAUUGAGCUUCUGGUUAAGUACUCCAGCCCGUCCCGAAGCAGUCUGAGCGAGGUGGUGUCGUCGCUGAACUCCCAGCAGCCUGCUCAGGGAGAGGCAGAGCGCAGAUCAGGCGUGAGGAAGGACCCGUACUACGGAGCGGACUGGGGAAUGCGGUGGUCGACGGCGGUAGCCAUUAUGCUCGUGGUUGGCAUCGUCACACCGGUGUUCUACCUGCUGUACUACGAGGUGCUGAUGAAGGCGGACGUUAGCCACCACACUACUACGGAGUCCAUCAGGCCCGAGCCUACAGUCUCAAACGUGGGUGACGCACCUGUUCUGCCAGCAGCUCAGGCUGUUAAACAAGAUUCCCUCAUACAUCCAGCUGUUGAACAUCCAGCAUCUGUUCUGGGACAGGAACAGAAAACGUAGCAAGGGCUGACUGGACUAGUUUGAGGAAUUUUCAAAGGACUUGUAAACGAAACCACUUUUGUAAUGCUAAAUGUUUGAUCUUCAAAGGACAUGUUCGAUAUUUUUGAACCACUUCACUAUGGACGAAGUAGCAAUUGCUUUCCAGAUGCUCCCUGCAGAUAUAAAGGCUGAAAUUAACUAUUUGUCUGAGCUUCUGGAGAGGAUUAAAAGCAUAUCCUUAGUGAAAUAUGGAUGCACACACACAAACACAUGCUGGCUUGAUACUGGUAUAUUAUUUUAACAUUUUUCAUUUUAAGAUUCAACUGUUAUGGCAGUUUAAUUGGUCUAGACCUCUUUCACCAACUCUUAAAUGUAAUGCUCUUAAUAUAAAAUCAGUUAUUAGGUUGAACAAGCUGAAAAUAUUAAACUGACAAGUCCACUUUUUUUUUUUUUUUGUAUUAAAGCUGUCUUGUUCUGAAUCGCAUGGGUGUUUUGGUUCAAAUCUAUUGAAUUUGUUCUGUGAUACAAGUCUCAAACUGCCAUAGCAUGUCAUAACUGCACUUAAUUGGGCAUUAACAGUGCCACUGGAACUACUCUGGCACAAAAUGUGAACUAGCUCUACCUGACUCGGUCCUUUAGGCAAUUUCUGUCAUGUGUUUUGCACAGUUUUUAACCCCGUCUGCGACGACACCAUAUUAAAUGUAACUCUUGCCUCAGCAUGGAGCAUAAACGUGUAUUCGGAACGUCACAGGGAUGAUUGAGGUCUCGCUCAUCAGGGAUGUGUACCCAACACGCUAAUUUAUUCUAGAAAAUGGUCAUAAUUGCAAAAACAGUAUUGAUGCUGAUGUUGCCUACUUUCUUUAACUUCUGCUUGAAAAGGCUUGUUUGCCAAAUACAAGGCUGAAACAUUUGACAAAGUGAUGUGAACUGUUUUAAUACUUGUGGAAAUUCAAGCUGUAAUCUCUUUAACCAUGACCAUUUCUGUUAAAUGAUGAAAUUUGAGCAAUAUGUGCCUUCGGCCUGUAGAAUGUAGUUGCAGGUUGAAAAUAAAUGUUAUUUUACUACC